CCUAGUUAAUUUCCCUCUCUCUCUCUCUCUCUCUCUCUCUCUCUCUCGCUCUCUCUUACAAAAUAGCACGAGUCGAUUGAAUUGCAACUUUUUUUCCCAGAGAGUUUCAGUCUUCAGACUCUCCUGCCUUCAGGUCCCGAAUCACAGGUUAGGCGCCUGAAGAGAACCUCCGGCUGCCCGAAGAUGUUGGACGGGACAAAAAUGGAGGAGCUCCCGUUACGUUCAGGUCCAACCACCCUGGGAAUGCUUAUAGGUUCUGAAUGCAAGCAUAAGGAAGUUUGUGACGGCUGUCAGCGACCUAUAGAAGACCGUUUUCUGAUGCGGGUGAACGAUGCUUCCUGGCAUGAACAUUGCCUACAAUGUACAGUAUGUCAACAACCACUCACCAGGAGCUGUUAUUUUCGAGACAGAAAACUUUACUGCAAGCCCGACUAUGAACAGUUGUUUGCAACAAAGUGCAAUGGCUGCAUGGAGAAGAUAGCGCCGACGGAAUUUGUCAUGCGGUCCUUGGAAUGCGUUUACCACCUGAGCUGCUUCUGUUGCUGCGUCUGCGAGCGGCAGUUGAGGAAGGGCGACGAAUACGUGCUGAAAGAGGGGCAGCUUCUCUGCAAAAGCGACUACGAGAAGGAGAAGGACCUGCUGAGUUCCGUCAGCCCGGAUGACUCUGAUUCAGUAAAGAGUGAUGACGAAGAUAUUGACAUUAAACCAAGCAAGAUUCAGGGAAUGCAGGGGAAGGCUUGUGAAGAUGGCAAGGAUCAGAGGAGGCCAAAACGCCCCAGGACCAUCCUCACCACGCAGCAAAGGAGAGCAUUUAAGGCAUCAUUUGAAGUGUCUUCCAAACCUUGCAGGAAGGUCAGAGAAACUCUUGCAGCUGAAACAGGGCUCAGUGUCCGCGUAGUUCAAGUUUGGUUCCAAAAUCAAAGAGCCAAGAUGAAAAAAUUGGCCCGACGUCAACAGCAGCAACAAGAACAACAAAAUGGUCAACGUCUUGGACAAGAAGUGAUGUCCAAUAGAAUGGAUGGGGUGAUAAACUCUUAUGCUCCGCUCGCAGCCCCGCCGCAGCAGCUGGUGUCCAUGGAGCAGAACGGGUACAACUCUGACCCCUUCCAGCAAGGUCUCACCCCUCCCCAGAUGCCAGGGGAUCACAUGAACCCAUAUGGAAAUGAUUCCCUCUUUCAUGACAUCGAUAGCGACACCUCCCUCACCAGCCUGAGUGACUGCUUCCUGGCUUCAUCCGAGGUUAACCCCAUGCAGGCUCGGGUGGGUAACCCCAUCGACAGGCUUUACUCCAUGCAGAACUCAUACUUUGCCUCAUGAAGGCCAGCAGGACUGCAGAAUGAAAAUCCCACCUGACAGAUUGUGUUGACUUUAAACGGAGGGGUGGAGGGGAGAAACUGUAUGGCCAUAAUCUCUUCUCAUCCACUAUUUCCCAUGCGGCAGAGAAACUGACAGCAAGAAGACAAUGAAAGUGACAUACAAAAAGACAAAUUCAAUAGAAUUGAAAUCAACACAGCAAUGAGAGCGUGGGUCACAGAAACUGCAGCUGCAUUUCAUUGUUUCAAUGGUUUUAUACAAAUAUUCCACAACUUAUUGUCCUUAAUUAUUUACACAAAUUUUGGACCUCUCUUUCCUGCCCUGCUGCCAUCCUCCGUUCAAUAUUUUUAAUGGGAACUGGAUCUCAAAGAUCAAAGAACAUUUUACACACUGAUUCUCCAAACAAUGUAACAGAGGUUAGAAAUUCUCAUAUGCCUGCUUUUAUCUUACUGAGCCAGAUAGAAUGCGUAUAGUAGAGAGGGAAUUGAUGUGGUCUGUGCUGUCUUCAUCUUUGCAUGAUUCUUCUAUCUCAUGCCAUAGCCAACUCCAUCAUUAGGCAACAAAAGGCAAUUCUCACUCUCUACAUAUAUAUCUCCCCAUUCCUCUCUCUCUCCCGCUCUCUCUCUCCUCCUCCCCCUCUCACCCUCCCGCUCCCUCUCCUCUCUCCUUCCCUCCCUUUCUCCCUCCCUCUCCCUCUCCUUCCCACAUUCCCUCUCUCCCUCCCUCUCCCUCCUCCUUUCCUUCUCUCCCUCUCUCCCUGUCCCUCCCUCCUUCUCUCCCUCCUGCCCUCUCUCCCUCCCUCUCCAUGGUUUUAUUUUUGCUCUGUUUUGCUAACACCUGCCACGUGGAUGGCCUGCUCAGACUUAAUUCUUAGCCUGGUUUUGUGUGCCCGGUCAGCUGACAUACUGCUUCAGAAAAUAUACCCCAAAUGAGGUAAUACAGUGGCCAAAUGUACUUCCCGUCAAAGAGGUAUUGCUCAAUGAUCAGUGGGAAUAUACACUCCCUGGCCACUUUAUCUUUCUGUAUCUAAUAGAGACCAUGUUCAUGGACUUUCACUCCAUUUUAAGUUUCAAUAUGUUCUGCAUUCAGAGAUGCUUUUCUGCACGUCACUGUGGUUAUUUGAGUUACUGUCAGCUUGAACCAGUCUGGCCAUUCUCCUCUGACCUCUCUCAAUUUUGCCCACAGAACUGCCGCUCACUGGAUGUUUUUUUGUUUCUCGCACUAUUCUCUGUAAACUCGAGAGACUGUGCGUAAAAAUCUCAGGAAGUCAGCAGUUUCUGAGAUACUCAAACCACCCCGUCUGGCACCAACAAUCAUUCCACAGUCAAAGUCAUUUAGAUCACAUUUCUUCCCCAUUCUGAUGUUUGGUCUGAACAACAACUGAACCUCUUGACAGUGCCUGCAUGCUCUUAUGCAUUGAGUUGCUGCCACAUGAUUGGUUGAUUAGAUAUUUGCCUUAAUGAGCAGGUGUACCUAAUAAAAUGGCUUAAGAGUGUACAUCAAUUAAAACUGGAGAUGCAUUAGCAAACUGCCCAUGAAAAACCCUCCCUUCCCCAUUUCCAUCAUAAUUAAUCAAAUAAUUAGGACAUUGGACCCCAAAAUCAACUUUGAGUUUGAUGUCUUGUUGUGUCACAUCACUAUGUAUCCAUAGCAACUCCAGGAAAGGUCCUCAGAGAAGCAGAGUAAAGAUAACCCUUAGUAGCCAGCCUUGUCUUUGCUCCCCCUGAAGUCUGGCUGCAAGUCACUUGUUUUCUGAUGGUUAAUUACAGUAUUAAUAUGUGUUCUGAAAGCUUAUAUAUUUUCCAGUUCAGAAGCUCUGAAAGAAAGAAUAAGGGUACUCUUGUGAUGGUUCUCCCCGUCUCACGGUAAUCUUUAUGCUUUUGACCCGCAAGUUCCAGUAACAGAUUAUGUCUGAAGGUAGCCUCUGACCUUUUAGAUAAUGUUUGCCUCAUUUGGGGACUGCCACAGGGACAGUAUGAUUGCUCGAGUGAGGAUAAUGCGCAUUACUGACGCAUUACUUUAAAGCAAAAGAUAAAUUGACAAAAUCCUGACAGGCGCUCUUAGCAUCUGAUGCAUCCACUGAGGCUGUGUGCCAUUGAUUAUACAUUUGGGACUUAGAAGUUUGCAGGUCAAGGUAACCGCAGUUUAUUACUCUGUCUUCAUAAUGAUUGCUUUGUAGCAUGUCUGGGGAGGAAAGCUGGCCUUGUUACUGUAUAGAUGCAUCAUAUUACGGUACUGUGCAAAUGUGUUACGCACAUGUAAAAAUAAUCCUGUAAAGCGAAGAUGCUUUCAAAAAUUAUUAAAUGAAAAGUUUCAAAAUAUCAAAAAUAAUUACUAUAAAGAACAGUAAACGUUAAAAAAAUCUAAAUCAAAUUAAUAUAUGGUGUGACCACUCUUUACCUUUAAAGCUGCGUCAAUUUUCUUAGCAAACGCGAGGAAAUCUGCAGAUGCUGGAAAUUCGAACAACACACACAAAAUGCCGGUGGAACACAGCAGGCCAGGCAGCAUAUAUAGGGAGAAGCACUGUCGACGUUUCAGGCCGAGACCUGACAA